AUGACUAGAACAAGAUUACCUUCAUUCACAUUUCCUCUCAGAGGCCUCUACUUUUUCAUCACGCAUCCCAAGCAACUGUGGUUGGUCACCUUGAGUCCCAUCAUCUUGACACUCAUCUUCAGUGCCUUCUCUAUCGGCAUCUCCAUUCGAUUCUUGUUGCCUGCUUUGGUCGAUAAGUUCUUGGAGUGGAACUGGCCUCACUGGAUGUCAUGGUUUGUCUCGAUUGUCUCUACCAUCCUCGAAGGUGCUAUUCUCAACUUGAUCUUUUUCAUGGUGCUUACCCCCAUCUUUCAAGAUUUGGUCUUUGACAGAACUCUCAAGGCCAGAGGUCUUGAGCAGAUUUUCGAAGAUGAAGAAGAAAGAGACGAUCCCAAGUUGGUUAUUUGCUGGCGUAAUUUAAGGUCCAGUGUUUUGGUCACGUUGUGUUUAAUCAUUGUCAAGAUCUUGUUCAUUAUCGUGACAGCACCACUUCAGUUGGUUCCUGUCCUUGGUACAGCUUUGGCUUGUUAUAUCAGUGGUUGGCCUACGGCUUGGAGUCAGCGUUUACAUUAUGAUAUUGAGCUUCGUGGAUUCAAGGUUUCCGAAUCCUAUCAUCAUGCUCGUGAUUACAAGUGGGACUACGCUAGCUUUGGUUCCGUUGCUUUUGGUCUAGAGCUUAUCCCAGUUUUCAACAUUGUGUUUUUAUGGACCAACAUUGUGGGUGCUUCGUUAUGGAUCGCCGAAGAAUACGAAAAAGAGAUGGGUAUCACCAAGGACGCAAAGAAGCAGGGCAGAGAAGUUUAUCCCGUUGCACAAGCUCCCAGUACUUCGACGGAACAAACCCCAUUGCUCCAACAACAACAACAAGAUGCUUAG